AUGGCAUCCCCAAUUCAGCAGCCCUAUGAGACGACUCUCCCUGAGCCAGUCUCAGAAUGGAAGCUAUCAGGAAGAAACCUGGUGCGACCCCUUCGCGGCGCCGAGCUGCUGGUGAAGCAUUCUGAGCACUACUGCGAUGGAAACUCGACCAUUGAGACUUCUCUGACCAAUGCGCAACUCCGCCGCCGCCACCAUGCGGCCUGGUACCGGACGCGCCUUGUCCACCCCGUCAUUGGCGUUGAGUUUCCAGCCCUAUCGCACGCUUCGUACGCUCUUCACCACACAGCCAAGGAGGCAGAGCACUGGGCUUCACGAACAUGCAUCGUCGAAACCGGUACGACCACCAACGACGUCUAUCUGGCCCGCUCGCGGGAAAAGGCGUCCGGCAUCUCCAUGACGCUCGUGCUCGACCCCAUCCGUGGCCCGCGCGGCUGCGUCCUGAACAUGUCGCACACUCUCAUUAGCUUGGACAUCUUCCUCAUCAUGCAGGAGUUCAUCGCCCAGCUUUCAUGCCCAGAUGCAGAGGCUGGCGUCGCGGGCGUAUUCUCGCCCGAGGCAGAAACCAUGCAUGCGAUCAUCCCGCGUCUCCCACAAUCCCUGAGCCAUGUAUACUCGCACCCGCACACUGGCGGCCCUAACCAGCGCCAGCCCACGCCCCAAGACCUUCAGGAUGCUCUUGAUACGUACCAGCGCACCCAGGACCGCUGGUCUCGCUCGUCGAUCGGGAUCCCGCUCCACCCCAACCACGCAAUCAGGCGCCGAGCCAUCCAUAACAAAACAAUCUCUUUCGAGCCCGCUGAGUCUCGGGCUGCAUUCAAGUUCCUGAAACAGGCCGGUGUCUCCCUGACUGCUGCGUUCUUCGCCUCAAUGACUGCCGCUAUUGCACAGCGGUACCCUUACCGUGCACCUUCACUCGCAGCCGACUCUGCUCCUACCUCUGGGCCGCAGAAUGUAGAGCCGGAGCUUGAACCCGAAGGAGCGCACCUCCUCUUCUCUGCGCACGGCCGGCGGUGGUUGGAUACCUCUGCAGCCAAUGGCCGGGGGCCCGUCACGAUGCCUAUCAUCCCGUCGAGCGCCUGGGUGUCGGCCAAGGAGGUCGAUCUGUGCCCAAGAACGCAACAGGGUCUACUCAAGCUCGCUGCCGCCAUCGAUGUAGCGCAGAAUGAAGACAUCACCUCUCCGCAUAUUAUCCCCGUCUUCGAUCAGCUGGCGCCAGAGCUUGCUACCGCUCUAGCCAACGCUCAUACUCCCCCCAGUAGCCCACCUCCUCCGCCAGGGCGAGGCCGACCAACUCUCACAUCGCAGGGCCAGUUCUCGAACGGCCGUGACCGGCAGGGGGCGGUGGGGAUUCAUGGAGACGAGACAGAUGCGGUCCGGAUGACGGACUUCAAGACCGGUGGCCGAACAACAGAUCCCACUGUUUGUUUUGCGCUGAAUAGCUUCCGCGAUCAAUUGAGAUUUAACAUGCUCUUUGACGAGAAGUUCUUUGACGUGACAGAGGUCAUGCUCCUAGGGCAUGAGGUUGCCGGCAUGUUUAGGCGGCUGGUUGGACUUGAUAUGGAGCAGCAGUGGAGCGUUCGGGCGAAGCUGUGA